AUGGCCAGGAUUAAUCCAGCUCCAAUCCUCGCCGCCGUACUCCUCCUCCUCCUCGCCGCCGCGUCCGCCGCCGAGGCCGAUCCCCAAAACGCCUCCACGACGGCGGAAUGCGGCACCUCCUCCUCCGGCUGCCGGAACUCCGACCGCGCACUGAAGUUCAAACUCAUCGCCAUCGCCUCCAUCCUGGCGGCGAGCAUGGCCGGCGUCUGCCUCCCGAUCGUCUCCAGGUCGGUGCCGGCGCUUCACCCCGACAGGGACAUGUUCGUCCUCGUCAAAGCUUUCGCGUCGGGAGUCAUACUCGCCACCGGAUACAUGCACGUGCUGCCGGACUCGUUCGCCGACCUCACGUCGCCGUGCCUGCCGGAAAACCCGUGGCGGAGGUUCCCGUUCGCCACCUUCGCCGCCAUGCUGUCGGCCGUGGCCACGCUCAUGGUGGACUCCGUUGCAAUGAGCUACUUCUAUUCCGACAGGCGGACUGGACCCAACGUAAAGGCGGCGGCGCCGAAGGCCGGCGGCGGGCACAGCCACGGAAUUUCCGUCGGAGGCGAAGAAGGCGCCGCUCAGUUGUUGCGGUAUCGCGUGGUCGCACAGGUUUUGGAGCUCGGAAUAGUCGUUCAUUCGGUGGUAAUCGGGCUUUCGAUGGGGGCUUCGGAUAACCCAUGCACGAUAAAGCCUUUGGUUGCGGCCAUUUGCUUUCAUCAACUUUUUGAAGGAAUGGGCCUUGGGGGUUGUAUAAUGCAGGCUGAAUAUGGGAUGAAGAUGAAAGCCACAUUGGUGUUCUUUUUCUCGACCACAACUCCGUUUGGAAUAGCGCUGGGAAUUGGGCUGUCCAAAGUGUACAGUGAAAGCAGCCCAACAGCCCUUAUUGUAGUGGGCUUGCUCAACGCGUGUUCAGCUGGGCUGCUGAAUUAUAUGGCUCUGGUGGAUCUGCUGGCGGCUGAAUUUAUGGGCUCAAGACUGCAAAAGAGCAUGAGGCUUCAGGGUUGGGCCUUUGUUGCAGUUUUAUUGGGGAUGGGUGGCAUGUCUCUGAUGGCUAAAUGGGCUUAA